AUGCGGAGCGUCGCCGGCUGUGCCCCAGCCCUGAUUGGUUGCCAAGAGGGGGUGGCUUCAGAGGCGGAGUCAGCGGCGUGGGGAGCCAUGGGUCAGCCCGCCAAGGUUUUACAGCUCUUUAAAACACUGCACAGGACCAGACAACAAGUCUUUAAAAACGAUAAGAGAGCAUUAGAAGCAGCCAGAGUAAAGAUAAAUGAAGAAUUCAAGAAACAUAAAAACGAGACAUCUCCGGAGAAAAUAAAAGAGAUGGUGAAAAUAGGUUCUGAUGUUGAAUUACUGCUCAGAACAUCUGUUAUUCAAGGAAUUCACACAGACCAUGACACGCUACAACUGGUCCCCAGGAAAGAUCUUCUUACAGAAAAUGUGCCGUACUGUGAUGCACCAACCCUGAAGCAGUAAAGCUUCCAGGAUAGAACCCGCCUCUGCUCCUUCCCACUUUAAAUAUAUACCUGGCUAAGGUCCUGGACGUGCACAUGUUUCUCUCUGAAGCGGCACAUUGCGAAUGAGUGGCAGGCGGAGGGCUACAGAGGACACAGACAUCCAUGCCUUCUCACUGACAGGCAGCCUUAUGGGCAACUGAACGCUUGGGGAGGCAGGACACUCCUCUCUUUCCUUUGGUCUUACCAAAGCUGCCAAUGAAGCAUUUUACCAAGUUGGUGACUUUUCAUUUCAUGGGGCACACAUAGCUAAAUACAAAAUGCUACAUUAAAUUGAUGUUUAAUCCCCAAAAUAUUAAGUUGGUAAAAAAUUAACGUUUUUCUGCCAGCUCUCUACUGAAAGCAGGCAUUGUUUCCCAAAGCCCCAUGGUUAUUUCUGCGGCUAACAAAUAAUUAUGUAGUGCAUUUCUCUGCAUUCUUAUAAAGACAACGCUCCCCUUUUUGUUUUGUAUACAUGGGAGUUUUGCCUGCAUAAAUGUCUAUGCACCAUGUGUGUGCAGUGCCUGCAGAGGCCAGGAGAGGGCAUCAGAUCCCCUGGGACUGGAGUUAUAGAUGGUCAUGAGUUUCCUAGAAGAACAGCCAGUGCUCUAAAGCACUGAGCCAUCUCUCUAGCCCCUCUAAAGACAUUUUAAACAGUCUUCUGAAGUUAGAUAGAUGAAAUGUCAAAGUCAUUCUUGGUCACUAUAGAAUAAAGACAUCCUUUUUAGGAAGCAGUGGCCUUCUGUCAGAUGGCGUGUGGUCUUUGUAGGAUUAGUUGUAUUUAGUUCACAGUUAGACUUUGCUGUGAAAUGCUGUAGAUGACCAAAUUCUCUCUCUCUCUCUCUCUCUCUCUCUCUCUCUCUCUCUCUCUCUCUCUUUCUCUCUCUCUCUUUCUCCUUUCUUUCUCUCUCCAUCCCACCCUUUUUUUUUUUGAGAUAGGGUCUCCCUGUGUGGUCCUAGUCUUGAACUUCUGAGAUCCACUUGCCUCUGGCUCCCCGGUGUUUCACAUAAUUUGAUCUCUAGUAUUCCAAAUAAAUAAAUAGUAAUAAUAAUAAUUAGAUUUUAUCAAAGUUAAAACAUUUACAUAACUAUAAAUGAACAAUUAUAGAUGAAAUAUCUGUCAUAUAUCUGGAUGAUUCUAUAAUAUAUAUGUUACCAGGUACAUAAGUUAUCAGACUAUAUAAAGAACUUCAGGUAUAAGAAAGCAAGCAGGGGCUGAGAUGGUUCAGAGGUUAAGAACUCUUGCUGCUCUUCUGUAGGACCUGAGUUCAGUUCCCAGCACCCUUGUCAGGUAACUCCAUCUCCAGGGGAUCCAGUGCCCUCUACUGGCCUCCAUGGGCACUGCAUGCACAUGUAUAAACUUAAACCAACAAUAACACAUAUACAUAAUAAAGGAAUCUUGAAGCAAACAACUCACCUAAAAAGAAAUGAUUUUGUAUUU